AUGGGGGGAGGAAAUCUAUCAACAGAUUCAGACUUCAUUCUCAUGGGGCUCUUCAGCCACUCACGGCCACACCUCAUUCUCUUCUCCCUUGUGGCUGCCACGUUCACCAUGGGCCUUCUGGGCAACACCAUCCUGCUCUUCCUGAUCCAUACAGACUCCCGGCUCCACACACCCAUGUACUUCCUGCUCAGCCAGCUCUCCCUGUUGGACAUUGGCUUUCCAUUGGUCAUUAUCCCCAAGAUGGCGGCCAACUACCUGCAAGGAGAGGGUUCCAUCUCCUUUGGGGGCUGUGCAGCUCAGAUGUUCUCUCUGAUAUUGAUGGGUAUGUCUGAAGAUGUCCUGCUGUCCCUCAUGUCUUAUGACCGCUAUGUUGCCGUGUGCCACCCCCUGCACUAUCCUGUGCUCAUGAGACGUCAGGUGUGCCUGCUCAUGGUGGGCACCUCCUGGUGCUCUGGUGCGCUCGUUGCUUCCAUUCAGACCUCCAUCAUCCUGCACUUCCCCUACUGUGCCUCCCGCACCGUGGACCACUUCUUUUGUGAGGUGCCCGCCCUGCUGAAGCUCUCCUGUGCAGAUACCUCAGCCUACGAGUUGGCGCUAUCCAUCUCGGGGGUGCUGAUUGUGCUGCUGCCCUUGUCACUGAUUGCCACCUCUUACGGCCAUGUGCUGAGGUCUGUUCUGCGCAUGCGCUCAGCGGAAACCCGGCACAAGGCCUUUGCCACCUGCUUUUCUCAUGUCACCGUGGUGGGGCUCUUUUAUGGGGCAGCUGUGUUCAUGUACAUGGUCCCCGGCAUCUACCACAGCCCACGGCAGGACAACGUGGUCUCCCUCUUCUACAGCCUGGUCACCCCCACACUCAACCCUCUCAUCUACAGCCUGAGGAACCGAGAAGUGAGAGCAGCUUUAGUCAAGGUGCUUGGUAGAGCUGGCUUCAGGUCAAAGAGAUGA